CGUGUCGUCUGGAGCACACACUCACUCAUACUCACACACACACAAACACACACACACACACACACACACACACACACACACACACACACACACAAUACAGUCAGGAUGGUGAGAAACAAUGUGAUGUUUCAGGCAGCUGCUCUCCUGAUUCUUGCUUUGUUCUUCAUCUGCUGUAGCUCUGUAGAAGCCACCGAUGCAAUACCAGACUGCUGUUUGUCAGUCGUGGACAAAAAAAUCCCUAGAAAUGCGGUAGUGUCCUACUACCACCAGGUCAAAGGGGCGGGCUGCAGAGUGGCGGCCACGGUGUUUAUUACAAGGUAUGGCAAGGAACUGUGUGCACCUCUUCCAAAAAAGAACAACUGGGUUAAAAAGUUAAUCCAAAGACUGAAUAAAAGAUCCGGAAAAUCAUCCAAAAAAACAUCGAAGUAGUAUCGAAUAAUCGUGGAUCAGAUCACACAGGUCCUGUUUAGGAUCAGACUCGGAUUAGACUGAUCUGGGAAGCUGAAACCACUGCCAGGAAUGAAUAAGCUUAUGAUAAGAUAUGCUAAAAAUAUUGCUGUUGUUGUGUGAAACCAAACCCACCACCUGAACAUGCUUUGAUUGUAUUUCAGAAUAUCUCUGGUAGUGGUUUAGUUUUAUUCUGUACAUAUUUAUAUCUAUUGUCUCAUUUACCGUAUCUAUGUUUAUAAAAAGACACUUUUUACCAAAAAUUAAAUAUUUGAGUGAAUAUGCUGUAUUUAUUUUAUAGAAACAUAAAAAAAUCACUGAAAGGUUAGAUACCAAAAUAUAUUUAUUUUUUGUUAAAAUAAGUACAAGGAUUAAUUUUGUAUCGUAUAGAAAUGUAAUAGGAUAAAAUUCAUGACCAACAUUGAAUUUCUGACCAAAAUGUAAUAGAAUAAAUUUUUUAUACCAACAUUUCCUUCUACAAACGCAUAAUAAUGAAACUUUCGAUAUUUUAGUUUUAGAGUAUAACAUAAUUCUUGUGCUUUCUGUAAUAAGGAUCUCUAAAACUUCUGUUGUUUUUCUUGUUCGCCAGUUUGUUGUACAUGUGCGCCCCCUUUCGGUGAACUGAUAAAACAACUCCAGGUCUUAUGUUCUUUAUACUCUUAUACAGUAUAAAUAAAAUCUGAGAUUGUUCUGAGGAGAAUGAGAGAUGUCAGAAUUGUAAAAUGUGUCUAAUUUGGCCAGAAUAAAGUGAAGAUGGACAAACA